AAGAGGAAAUGACGGACAAUAGAAGCUACUCUAAUCCACCAGACAAAUUUCCUGUCUUCUCUGAUUCUACCCACUUGCCGCUGCCCAGGUCUUUCUAUCUGGACCCCAUGGUCACUUUCCACCUGUAUCCUGAAGCCCCAGUGCCAUCCCCUUACUCUGAAGAGCUGCCAUUACUGCCUUUUUCCAGUGACUCCCUGAUCAUGGAAAAUUAUGGUGAACCCUGCUCCUUCCCAUUCCCAAUGCCUUACCCAAACUACAGAAGGUGUGAAUACUCCUAUGGGCCAGCCUUUAUCCGGAAACGGAAUGAGCGGGAAAGGCAACGGGUAAAGUGUGUCAAUGAAGGCUAUGCCCAACUGCGACAUCAUCUGCCAGAGGAGUAUCUGGAGAAACGACUCAGCAAAGUGGAAACCCUCAGAGCUGCAAUCAAGUACAUUAACUACCUGCAGUCUCUUCUGUGCCCUGAUAAACCUGAGACCAACAAUAACCCCAGGAGAGGCUCCUCCCUAAUGGCAACCACCAGUCACCAUGCUGACCCUAUUUUUAAAAUCAUUUGAAUCAGCAUUUCCAAAUGGAAACAGAUACUUUCACAAAAUAAGGUCUCUCACAGCAUCCUUUAAUAGUUCUUCCUAAAUGUAAUUUCCAUGUAGGCAGAUACUAGCUCCCCUGCUAACCUAUGCUGGAUUUUUCCUACCUGGGUUUCAGAUGUACUAAACAUUAUCUUAUGUAGACUGUGAAAAUGCUUGGCUCAUUUCUUUUGAGAGCUCUAGAAGAGCAGAAUGGAUUCCCCAAGGUCCUCUGUACCUCUCACCCUGC